GCUAUAAAAUGGUAAUGAUACAACAAACCAGGUACAGUUUGUGAAACCAAUACAUAAAAUGUUUAUCUCAAAGUUCGUAUUAUUAAUCGUGGGUUUAUCCUGUAUUUCCUAUAGUGCACAGGAAUCACCAUUGAGAGUGGUGCUAUAUUACGAGGGACUCUGUCCAGGCUGUCAUGAAUUUAUAUUGGAACAACUAUAUCCAGGCUACCAAAAAUUAGGAGACUCGUUUCUUAUAGAUUUGGUCCCUUUCGGUGGAGCUUCUGCAACUAAGACUGACGAUGGUUGGCAAUGGGAGUGUCAACACGGACCAUUAGAGUGCUACAUUAACAAAGUUGAUGCCUGCCUUACCAGUUUUGAACCCACCCAAUCACAAUUAAUAAGUUUUGUUAAUUGUCAUACAAAGAACACUAGUAUGGAUAUAACUUUCGACGAAACUGAAGAUAUAAUUAAACAGUGUGCCGAAGAAAAUAAUGUAUCAUUUUAUGAUAUUAGAAAAUGUGUCACAAGCGGUAGAGCUGAUACCCUUCUUUUGGCCCUUCAAGACAGACAAAACAAGCUAGUUCCCAAACUCGAGUAUGUUCCCAGUAUAAGAUUUAAUGAUGUUUAUGAUGAAGACCUAGACAAUGUGGCUAUAUUUGAUUUUGUAUAUGCAGUUUGUAGUUUACUUAACGGCACUAAGCCAAGUGCUUGUGAUGAUAUUGAAUUUAAAAAUGUUAAGAAUUUAAACAAACCCCACAACUUAUUAAUUUGAAGUUUUUAAAAUAUAUGUAUAUCAAAUAAUGCAAAGCAAACUCCUAAUAAUUAAAC